AUGACGAACCUCAACGCCGACGGUGCGGGCAUUGACCCCGACCUUAACACUCAGUUUUCCCAUCUCAGCAUGUCCCAGGACGUCGGACUCGAUGCCUCCGUUGACCCCUCUUCUUGGCCCGCUGACACCGCGUCAUUCUCCUCGCCGCCCGCCGGUGCAGGCCCCGACGCUUCUCAUGCCGAGCAACUCAACUACAACGAUGUCGCCGCUGCGCAGUCCGCCACACAACCGAGCCCGCUCGACGUUGGCACCAGUUACGCCGGAGACACCGCGCUCCCUACCGAUGCGCCUACAAACGACGACUCUUCCCAAGCCGGUCCGUCUUCUUCCAACCCCGCUGGUCCCGAAAAGCCCUUCAUCUGCCAUUACCAAGGCUGCGGCAAGGCCUACAAGCGCCAGUGCGACUUGGAACGCCGACACUGCGACCUCUGCCCCGCCGGCACCGCCCAGACCAGGGACCUCAACCGGCACAUGUGGGUGCACCACCGGGACGAGGCGCGCGCGCGCGGACUGCCGCGCGAGGCCGACAGCUGCGGCGAGUGCGGGUACAGCGGGCGGCGGGACAAUGUGAAGAGGCAUCGGGAUAUGAAAGGGCAUCGCUGA